GUCGUAGUCGUAGUCGUAGUCGCGUCUCUGCCGCAGUCUCUGCCUCUGCCUCAGCCUCAGCCAUAGCCACAGCCGCUGCUGCUGCUGCUGCCGCUCUGUCAACGCCGGCAGCAAGAAUUACCAAUUACACGAAAUUUUUAUACUCUUUUAAAAAUUUCGUUUUAUUAUAAUAUUUAUUAUCGUGGCGCGCAGUAGUGUCUGCGGAACAGCGCUCGCUCAGCACUCAGCUCCAAUCGCCAAAGCUCCACGCUCAGCCUUCCAGCCUCCACUCGACCGAUUCCGAUUUCGUUUCCGAUUCGCCGUGUUUAUUAUUAUUUUGUACUCGGGCUCGUCUUAUUGUCACUUAACAGUUAUAGUGCGGUUUAUAGUUUAUAGUGGCGCGAAACCCAACAACGAAACAGAGCGAGCCCCGACAUUCGUCCUCUGGAAUACAGUAAAACAAUAUAAUGCCAAAUCAGAAGGUGAUCGGGAAAACUGACACUCCGAAAGCCAUGAAAAAUUAAACCGUGGCCCAAGAAACUGUCAAAACAAGUGUGUGUGCAGUACAUAAAAAUUAAAAAGUCAUAAAGUUGACAUCGUAAAAGGUUCGAGAGUUCGAUUCUACCUGUGGGGCCAAAGAGAAAGAGAGAAGGAGAGAGAGAGCAAAGUGUUUUACGGCAUUUUAAACAAAGUAAUUAAAGCAGAACUGAGCCAGAGAAAGCCUUUCUCCCCCCAUUCCCAGCACCACACACGCACUUGAAGAGUCGUAAAAGGAAACGCUGUGAAUCAUAGCCAAUAGCCGUAAAAACAUAACGCGUUCGCCAGGGCUCCCGCUGCCCCGAGUCCCAGUUCGAGUGCCGUCGCCUUCGCCGUGGCCGUCAUUUUAAAUCCCGCGCCUAUAAAUCAUCCGACGGCAGGCCAGCUACAGCUCAGCUCCAGCUCCCCACCCGUGCAUUUUCCGCGUAAUUGAUGGCCGCAUUUUAAUUGCUUUUACAACAAAUAAAUGUCCCCACCCACACACACCACAGAAACAGAAACAGAGCCAGAACCACAGCAACUGCAGCAACACGGCAACCUGAAACCAUAUGCAAAUUUAACAAAUUUUCGUUGUGAGUGUUCAAUUUCGGCCGAAAAGCAUUGAAAAAAUACAACCAGCUCGCCCAUCGGAAGGCGCUUUCCAAUAAAACACAAGCCAAUUUAAUAGAGAGCUCCACUCGAGCUCUGAAAGAAUCGUUACUCAAGCCACUCAAAGGACUCAAGCUAGAAAAAAAUAAAAGACGGAACAACUCCAAGAACAAAAUAUACCCAGAAGUAAUCGAUCCUAGUCCCCGACUCGAAAGAAAAUAAAACAAAAACAAGUCCAAAACAGACUCGACUCCGACGCAUUCGACGAUUCGACGACUCGGCGAUUCUCGGCCGGCGAGCAAGAUAUGUGCAAUGUCAAAAUUUGUUUUCGAUAGUAUGCUGCCAAAGUACCCACAGUUCCAGCCAUUUAUCAGUUCGCACCUAACCACCACCCCCCCAACCUCGUCAUCAGCAGCCGUCGCAGCCGCCCUCGCCGCCGCCGCAGCCUCCGUCUCAGCCAGCUCCAACACCUCGGCGACCGCCAGCAGCAGCACCAACAGCGGCAGCAGCCACCUCAGCCUGCAGACCGGAUCGCUCUCGCCAGGAUCCAGCGCCCUGCACCUGGGCAACCAGCUGCACCAGCAGCACCUGAGCCAGUCCUCCCACUCGCCAGUGUCGUCCUCAUCGCCCUCCUCCGCGGCGCUCUUCCAGCAGCAGGCCCAGCAGCAGCAGCACCAGCAACAACAGCUCCACCAGCAGUCGCAGUCGCAGUACUCCUCGCUUUCCGCUGCCCUCCAGCUGCAGCAGCAGCAGCACAUCAACAAGCUAGCCGCCGCCGCGGCCGCCGUCAACUCCCAGGGCUCCCACGCCCACGCCCACUCGCACGUCCACGCCCAUCAGCAACUGCUACUGACCCCGCCCUCGGCCGGCAACUCGCAGACCGGGGACAGCAGCUGCUCCCCCUCGCCGUCGGCCAGCUCCUCGCUGCACCGCAGCCUCAACGACAACUCGCCCGGAUCCGCGGCCAGCUCCGUAGCCGCCGCCGCAGCCGCUGCAGCCGCCGCCGCCGCGGCCAGCUCCUCGUUUGCGAUCCCCACAAGCAAGAUGUAUCCGUACGUGUCAAACCACCCCAGCAGCCAUGGAGGACUCUCCGGCAUGGCCGGCUUCUCCGGACUGGAGGACAAGUCUUGCGGCAGGUACACGGACACCGUGAUGAACAGCUACCAGUCGAUGAGCGUACCUGCAUCGGCGUCCGCCAGCUUCGCACAAUUCUAUCAGCACGCAGCCGCCGCCUCGGCCGUGUCCGCCGCGAACGCCGGGGCCAUGGGCGUGGACCCUCUCGGCAACGCCUGCACUCAGCCUUCCUCGGGGGUGGUGCCUGGGGCCGGCGGGGCUGGUGGCGGCAUUGGAGAUCUGCCGAGGUAUCCCUGGAUGACGCUCACAGACUGGAUGGGAAGCCCCUUCGAGCGCGUCGUUUGCGGCGAUUUUAAUGGCCCCAACGGAUGCCCUCGCCGCCGCGGCAGGCAGACCUACACGCGCUUCCAGACGCUGGAGCUCGAGAAGGAGUUCCACUUCAACCACUACUUGACGCGGCGACGCCGCAUCGAGAUCGCCCACGCGCUCUGCCUGACCGAGCGCCAGAUCAAGAUCUGGUUCCAGAACCGUCGCAUGAAGUUGAAGAAAGAGCUGCGCGCCGUCAAGGAGAUCAACGAGCAGGCCCGACGCGACCGCGAGGAGCAGGAGAAGAUGAAGGCUCAGGAGACGAUGAAAUCCGCCCAGCAGAACAAGCAAGUGCAACAGCAGCAACAGCAGCAGCAGCAGCAACAGCAACAGCAGCACCAGCAGCAGCAGCAACAGCAGCAGGACCACCACUCGAUCAUCUCACACAAUCCAGGCCAUUUGCACCACUCCGUCGUGGGCCAGAACGAUCUCAAGCUCGGCCUGGGCAUGGGCGUGGGUGUCGGCGCCGGAAUCGGUCCCGGUCUUGGUGGCGGGCUCGGCGGUAACCUAGGAAUGAUGAGUGCCCUGGACAAGAGCAACCACGAUCUGCUGAAGGCUGUCAGUAAAGUCAACUCGUAAGCUGCCCCCGCCAGCCAAUCUUCCGCCACUAGCACCACGCCACCACCGCCGUUCGGCGUUCUUUUUCGUCUCCUCGUCUGAGUAGCGCGAGAAAGCGAAAGAUAAACUCGAUAACUAAAAUACGUAAACCUUUACAUAGUAAAUAGUUACAUAAGUCUACUUUUAAUGGAUAUAAAUUCAAUUAAGCAUACAGAAAUACGUACAGUACCCACGAAUGCGAAAUCAAUGAGCGCGCUCUGUGGCUCCGAUGCGAUCCGAUGCGAUGGGGUGAAGUGGUUCGAGUGCUGUCAUCCUCAGAUUUCGCGAGCUUUCAUGGGGUGGUGCUGUCUAUUUGAUAGGCAGAGCCACACCUUCGAUUUUACUGCAGCUCUACAGAGUCUCUUCCAUUUUCUUCUCUUUCAACCCCUAGUGGAUGGCCGUUCAAUCAAAUUCCACCCCAGCGAAUCGGAUAUGGGCUGAAGUGCGCAACAUGCUAAUAUUCAUAGAUAAUAGAUAACAUGAACUACUUAGAAUAGCGUUAGCGGUAUAUGCUUAAAAGAAGAAAGAGGAGUUUCCAGGAGACGCGAUCUACGGACGAAAUGAGCGAUUUUUAAUAGUCAGAGAACCACCUUACCCGCGUACCCGUUCAGCCAAUGCGGUGGCCAGGGUAACGGAGUCGAGUUCAACUGUAAAAUUAUUUGCGACUGCUGUAGGAUUACCUAGUACGAUAUAGAGCCACGUUCGACUAUGUUUAACGAGGAGUUCGACACGAGUACACAAUAUAUGAAUAUGCUUAAAGAUACUUACUUCUAGUGUUAGAGCGUAGAGCGUACCUUUUGUAUUUACCUAUUUAUUGGAAAUCCUUGUUUACGUCGAGACUCUUCGAAAACCCCUUCCUGUUCUGUUUAAGUGAGGUGUUUACCGUGUGUGUUUUGCCGUAUUUUGUUGUGUGCCCCGCCCACGCUUUGUAUACAAUGAUUUCUUCAAUGCCAUAUUAAUCUUAAUUCGACUCAACUCGAUCGCAGCGUCUCGAUCGGUAGCAUCUGAAAAUAUGCAAACAAAUUGCGAAAAUAUUUCCAUAUAUAAAAGUUGUAAGAACGAACAACGGUAUGCAACAUACCAAAAGCAUAAUCACGAUUUCAAAUACGUAAUAAUAAUAAUAACAAAAAAUCACGAAAAUCACGAAAGAAAAUCAUUGAAAUAUAUAGAAAGAGGACUCGGACGAAGAUAAGAAAUAAAUUGUCGUUUUGCCAGUGACUAAAAUUUUAAAUUAACUACAGUUAAGUGAUGUACUAGAUUGGGCUAGACGUUGAUUGAUUGCGAGGCGCAAAGGUCCAUGCAUCUACAAAAACAAAAAGAAAAACAAAAACACAAACAGAAAACUCUGAAAUACGUAUUAGCUUAAGGUUGCAACAACAGACAAACUAUCGAGGACGAGGACGAUUGUGGGAGAGAAGUGCAGAGAGUACGAGUAUGCCAUCUACGAGAGAAGGCGGAAAAACCCCAUAUACGUAGAUUUCCACUUCCCGAAAUUAAAUUUACCUAGCAUAAUCUUUGAGGAUUGCAAAUUGAAUUAAAGUCAAGAUCUAUUUAUUAUACACAACCGAAGCGCAUAUUUACAUAAACAAUUAAUGACAAAUAUACAUAUAUAAAUAUACAUAUAUGAAUAUAUAUUACAAAUAUAUACAAUAUGAACUCUAUGUGUAUGUAUAAAUAACUAAGUGUAUGUGUAUCUAGAAUGUUAACAUUAAAUGCAGUCAAAGUCGAGUCACACCUUUCCACCCACCACCACCAACCAGCAUGCCCCACCCCGCGCACAUCUUUCGCUUUAGGAGCACGGACACCUCUUCAGGUCUGCUUUGUACCCCCUGUUUUGCAUUGGUUCGAGUGAUAUUAAUGGGUAGCGACAACCUUUUGCCUUUUUUCAAGACCGAUUGAAGAAAAUUUUGUUUCUGUUUCCGUUUCCGUUUUCGUUUAUGUAUAGAUGUGUUUGUUUUGGUUUAAGUUUCGACUCAUUCGGAUGGCAUAGAAAAUUAGCGCAUACUUAAUAUUUUGUUUGAACCGUAAUGCUAAAUACUUCUGUUAAUUUUAGUUUAAGUUUAGUUGUGACGAAUUGUGUAUUAUAUAAUUUUAUGCGAUUUCAAAUGAAUGCGAAAAUAACUACAAUUAAA